CAGAACCUAUACUUUUCACCUUUUUUUGUGGUUUAUGUAGUAUGUCAAAGACAAAAUAUCCUAAUGUCAAGUAUCUUCCGAAAAAGUAAUUCUGUAUCUAAAAAUAAAACAUUUUUAAUUUUUAAUAAAUAAGCGUAAAUAUUAAAUUUGGUUUUACAUUCAAAGCUGAAUGUGUCAUUAUAGUGAAUUGGGAUAACAUUUGGAUAACCAUUGUGUAUAUUUAAUUUUUCAUUUUCUUUACGUGUAAAUUAGUGAGGGCAAAAUGGUUCUCGCAGAUUUAGGACGUAAAAUAACAUCUGCACUUCGAUCACUUAGCAAUGCCACCGUAAUUAACGAAGAGGUUUUAAAUUCUAUGUUAAAAGAAAUAUGCGCAGCAUUACUUGAAGCAGAUGUUAAUAUUAGACUUGUCAAGAAACUAAGGGAAAAUGUACGCCUUGUCAUUGAUUUUGAUGACAUGGCUGGAGGUCUUAAUAAAAGGAGGAUGAUACAAAGCGCUGUUUUCAAAGAGCUUGUAAAGUUGAUUGAUCCUGGAGUAAAAGCUUAUCAGCCGAUAAAAGGACGGUCCAAUAUAAUUAUGUUCGUUGGUUUACAAGGUUCGGGAAAAACGACUACUUGUACAAAACUUGCUUAUCAUUAUUUAAAAAAGAAUUGGAAGGCCUGUUUGGUUUGUGCUGAUACUUUUCGUGCGGGUGCGUACGAUCAGAUAAAACAAAAUGCAACGAAGGCACGAAUUCCAUUUUAUGGAAGCUAUACAGAAGUAGACCCAGUGGCAAUAGCACAAGAUGGUGUAGAAAUGUUCAAAAAAGAAGGUUAUGAAAUUAUUAUUGUUGAUACCAGUGGUCGACAUAAGCAGGAAGAAUCUCUGUUUGAAGAAAUGCUUCAAGUAGCUAAUGCAAUUCAACCAGACAAUAUAAUUUUCGUAAUGGAUGCAACAAUAGGACAAGCUUGUGAAGCUCAAGCCAAAGCUUUUAAAGAACGUGUUAAUGUUGGUUCUAUUAUAAUUACAAAGCUCGACGGACAUGCGAAAGGUGGAGGUGCCCUGUCUGCGGUUGCUGCGACACAGAGUCCAGUAAUCUUUGUAGGAACAGGAGAGCACAUAGAUGAUUUAGAACCUUUCAAAACAAAACCGUUCAUUAGUAAAUUAUUGGGUAUGGGUGAUAUAGAGGGUCUUAUAGAUAAAGUAAAUGAAUUAAAUCUCGACGACAAUGAAGAAUUACUUGAGAAAAUCAAACAUGGACAGUUUACCUUGAGAGAUAUGUAUGAGCAAUUCCAAAAUAUUAUGAAAAUGGGACCGUUUUCUCAAAUAAUGGGAAUGAUUCCUGGCUUCAGUCAAGACUUUAUGUCAAAGGGUACAGAGCAAGAGUCUGUAGCCAGAUUAAAACGUCUAAUGACCAUUAUGGACAGCAUGAAUGAUGCAGAAUUAGACAACAGAGAUGGUGCAAAAUUAUUCAGUAAACAACCAGGCAGAAUAGUAAGAGUAGCACAAGGAUCUGGAGUGACCGAAAAAGAAGUGAAAGAUUUAAUUACGCAGUACACGAAAUUCGCAGCUGUAGUAAAGAAAAUGGGCGGCAUUAAAGGAUUAUUCAAAGCUGGAGACAUGUCUAAGAACGUAAACUCGACGCAAAUGGCAAAAUUAAAUCAUCAAAUGGCAAAAAUGAUGGAUCCCAGAGUUCUACAUCAAAUGGGUGGCAUGCCAGGAUUGCAAAAUAUAAUGAAACAACUUCAACAAGGUGCAGCGGGUGGACUUGGAAACUUAAUGGGUGGUUUUGGUGGGAAAUCGUGAAAAAAAUUUUUAAAACAGGACAUUUGUUAAAUAUCAUUUAGUAGUAAAGGGAGAAAGAGGAAAUUGUACGGAGAAGAGGAGAAGUAUUUUCAAGCCUGUACUACCAUCAAAAAUGAUUUCGUGAAGAUUUUCAUUUUAUGUUUAUAAAUCUUUUUCAACGCGAAGAAAAAAAAAAUAAAAAAUGAUAUUCAUUA